CACUGAUAAUAGCAGAUUCCUAAUCAUCUCCUCCACACUAUAGGAAACACACAUAAUUACACCCAACAAUCCUUUUCACUAUAGAAACCUGUGCUUUUAAGCUAUUCACUUACUUUUCUUUCAUUUCUUGCUUCUCUUUUUCUUCAACCCUCCAAUAUAAAUACAUAGCAAUCUCCAUCACCUUAUUUUCACCACCAUAUACCCAUCUUUUUGUUUUUAAUUUUUUUUUCUCCUCUUCCAUAAUGAAUCCUUCAUGCACCACCACUUCUGUCAAUGGCUUCUACAACUUUAUCACGCGAGGACUCGAUGAUCUUGAUCGAUGUUUCCUCUCUAACAACUUCUUGUCAGUUCAAUUCUUGCAAAAAGUCCUCUCCUCACUCCAAUCAUUCCACUCCCAAUUGACCCUUUUGGUUCAAAGGCUUCAUCUUCCCAUAGGAGAAAAGUGGCUAGAUGAGUACAUGGAUGAAAGCUCAAGGUUAUGGGAAGCCUGUCUUAUUCUCAAAUCUGGAGUUUCAGGAAUGGAAAAUUAUUACUCUUCUGGUGCUAAUAUAGCUUCUUCUCUCGAUGGAUUCCACUAUUUGAAUGCACAAGGCUCACGCCAGGUUCAUAGGGCAAUGAUGGGUAGCCAAAGGGAAAUUCUAGUGUUGGAAGAAGAUAACAAGAGCUUGAUGGAAACUAGAGUUCGAGCAUUAGCACUACAGUUUGAUGAGAAUGUGUCAAUAGAAUCAAAGUUGAAUGCGUAUAAUGGUUUUCGAGGAGUUCUUUAUGCAAUGAGAAAUGUUAGUUCAUUGCUUCUAAUGAUAUUGUUUGAAGGGCUUGUUUAUUAUUGGCCUGAAACAAGUUUUUGCCAAAGAGGGUAUGAAGGGCAUGUGCUAUUUGGGUCAUCUUUUAUGGUCUCAAUGGCAAGGUUGCAACAAAGAGUGGCAAAUGAGAUGGACCAAAUUGGUGGACAACCAGGAAUCCUGCUUUAUGAGUUUAGACAAGCAAAAAUUGCCAUGGAAGAGCUAAAAGUUGAUUUAGAAAGUAUUAUGGAGUAUGAAUCAGAACUUGAGAUCCAAGACAAAGUUGACAACUUGAAGAAUUGCUUUGGGUUGUUGAGAUGUGGGGUUGAGACUAUAAUUGGGCAGCUUGAUGAUUUCUUUGAUGAAAUAGUUGAAGGAAGGAAGAAGCUUUUGGACAUGUGCACUCACAGGUAGAGAAAGAGAAGAGAAAGGAGAAUUGCACAUGAACAACCAUAGCUAGGUAGCUAGAGGGAGAGCUAGCAAAAAAAGGUGAAAAGAACUAAAAAAUUUCUGUUGCUGAUACUGUGAUCAUUCCUAAAACUCACUAAUUAUCAGAGAAUCAGAGUUCAACUUCUAUCCCAUCAAAUAAUUUAUCAUAUAUGGCAUUA